CUGUGGUUAGUGGCUCGGCCGCAGCAGACUCAGCUAGGGACACUCCUGGGUCGCUGCAGUAUGCCUGAUGAUGACAAAAGCAACGCGGGAGUUGGGCUCAUCUUCCCUCCGCCAGAUAUUCGUGGUGUGAUCGACAAGACCGCACAAUUCGUGGCCAAAUGUGGUGAAGGCUUUGAGCAGCGAGUGCUUCGUGAGCAGAACCAUACCAAGUUCGCCUUCUUGUUGCCCAACAAUCCCUACAGGCCUUACUACGAACACAAAGUCAAAGAGUUCAAAACUGGUGUUGUUGAGGACACAAAGCCCGAAGUUCCUCAAGCAAUCAUAGACCAGAAGGCAAAAGAGGAUGCCAAGAGGCUGAAGAAGGAACAACUUAAGGCAUUGACGAUGGGAGAGAAGAGGAAGAAACAAGUCAAGCCACCACCACCGGACCAGUAUGUGGUGAACCAUCCCUACAUUGCACCGAUGGACACGGACAUCAUCAAGCUGACAGCGCAAUUCGUCGCUCGCAAUGGCCAGAAAUUCCUGAUCGGAUUGACGCAGCGUGAAAGUCGAAAUCCUCAGUUCGACUUCCUGAAGCCGACUCACGCUCUCUUCGGCUACUUCACCUCCUUGGUGGACGCUUACACGAAGUGCCUCAUGCCCAACAAGGAUGAGGUGGAAAAGCUGAAGAAAUGCACUGGCAACCCUCAGGAGGUAGUUGACAAGGCCAUGGCACGAUUUGCUUGGGACGAGCAGGAGGAAGCCACCCGCGUGAGCCGCGAGGAGGAAGUGAAAGAGGAGAAGGAGCAGAUGGCGCAGAUUGAUUGGCAUGAUUUUGUCGUUGUGGAGACGAUUGAGUUUACUGCAGAGGAUGAAAACUUGCAGCUUGCCGCGCCAAUCGAUCCCUCGACCCAUGCUCCGAAGGGAGCACCGGCACCUCUGGAGCAAGCAGGCACUAUGUUCGCAGAGGCCAGGAUUGAAAAGCCGGUAAAGGGCGUGGAGGAGGAAAUCAGGGAAGAGCCGGCCAUUGAUCUAGAGAAGGAGGAAAGGGAAAGACGAGAAAGAGAAAUGGCAGAGCAGCGAGAACGGGAACUUGAGCGGGAAAGAGAAGAGCAGCGCGAGAAGGAGGAAAGGGAAAGGCAGCAGAGGGAAGAGGAAGAGAUGGUCCCGGAGGAAGAGCCCAUUGACCUGGAGCCGGAGAUCCCCCUCCCUAUGCAGGAGCCGGAGAUGAAAGUCCGGAAGGACUAUGUUCGACAGAAGAAGGGCAGUGCACAGCGGCUGAUGCAGCGCUGCCCGAUCACAGGCCAGCUGAUUGCUGCCGAGGAGAUGUCCAACCACUUGAAGGUGCUGUUGCUAGAUCCCAAGUGGAAGCACCAGAAGGAUGCCCUGGUGGAGCGAGCCAGGAAAGAGUCUGCAUUCGCAGAUGACGUGGAGGCAAACUUGGCAAGCUUCGUGGCCAAAAGGCCCGACUUGUUCGGUACGGUCGAGGAGGAGAUUCGAGAAGCAGCAGAGGCAGGUGCCGAGGCCGCAGCACGAGAUGCUGGUGCAGAUGCCGGUCCAGCGCACACAAUGGUGCCGCCAACGGCGUAUGACGCAGGAACAGCAACAAAGGCUCUGCCUUCAGGAAAGCCCGGGGCAGCAGGUUCAAAUGCGCUGCCGGCUCCUUCGAUGCCGGCUCUUGCCGGACAGCAAGGCCCUAUUGCAGGUGUGUCUACGAUCAACGCUAGGUUACCUCAAGCAUCUCUGGUAAACCAGCAACAGAUGCCGGGUGGUGCACCUCCUGGCAUCCGUCCGCCAGGAAUGGCCGGAGGCCCGAUGGCUUUAGCGGACGAUGACGAGGACGACGAGCCAACGGCGAAGAAGCCCCGCCUAGACGACGGAAGCCUCCAAGCCGAGGAAUCGUGGGUGGCGAAACAUCCUGUACCCAUAGCUGUGAUCGUCCAGGUGAACCUGGGAGCCGACGCGCUGGCUGCGGGCAUCCAGCCUGCCAUCCCCAUCGAAGUGUCUGUGCGCAACAAAGUGCAGGAGCUCAAGGGAAUGCUGGUUCCCAAGGUAGCAGCUGCCGGACUGAGUGCAGCCGACAUGAAGCUCAAGGUUCAGAACACAGGCUACAUCCUGAAAAAUGCCAAUUCAUUGGCCUUCUACAACAUCGCACCGGGCAACAUUAUCGAGCUGUCCAGAAAAACCCGUGGAGGAAAGUGA